UUUCCUUUUUUUCCCACUUGAGCCUGGAGCAGAUGGAGAGAUCGUAGUGAGGGGAAAGUAAGCAAGCAGAGGCAGCGACAGAGAGAAAGAGAGAAUUGAAAGAAGUGAUGCAGAGAGUGAGGCAGCCCAGCGAUGAUGCUUGAUUAACUGAACCAGUGACCACCAGAAAGGCUAUCUUACAUCAACUCAUUGUCUCCAACUGACGGGCUGAAACCCAGAGCAGGACGAGGAGAGCUCAAGAAGACAGAAAAAAACAAAGAGUUAAGAGACAAGGAGAACGAGGCAAGUUCUACCGAUGAGAGUUGAAGCACAGAGGCAGAAGGAGAUGCUCAGACUGACCAGAUAGAGAAGAGAAAAGUGAAACGAGUAACUGCUUAGGAUUGCUACAGGUGUGUCCACAAGGACUGCUCAAAGAAAAGGGCGACACACCAGAGUCACCCGCACAAAAAGCUGUCGCAAGUGAAAGAGGGAGCGUAAGAGCAAGAGCAGACAGAAGUAGAGGGACAGAGCUAGAGCAGGAUGGCCAACUCAGGUCUCCAGUUGUUGGGUUACUUCCUGGCGUUGGGCGGCUGGAUCGGCAUCAUCUCCACCACCGCUUUGCCCCAGUGGAAGCAGUCGUCGUACGCCGGCGACGCCAUCAUCACGGCCGUGGGUCUGUACGAGGGGCUGUGGAUGAGCUGCGCCUCGCAGAGUACAGGACAGGUGCAGUGCAAGAUCUUUGACUCCAUGCUCUCGCUGGACAUCCACAUCCAGACAUGUCGGGCCCUUAUGGUGGUGUCAGUACUGCUGGGCUUUAUCGGCAUCAUCGUCAGCGUGGUGGGCAUGAAGUGCACUAAGGUGGGAGACAACAACCCGGUCAGCAAGACCCGCAUCGCUGUCACCGGAGGAGCUCUGUUCCUGCUCGCAGGUCUGUGUACACUGGUGUCUGUGUCCUGGUAUGCCACCCAGGUGUCCUAUCAGUUCUUCAACCCAAAUACACCGCCCAACGCCAGGUAUGAGUUUGGCUCGGCCCUGUUUGUGGGCUGGGCGGCGGCCAGUCUGACGGUUCUGGGCGGUUCCUUGCUGUGCUGCUCCUGUUCUAAGGAAGACGUGCGAGGGCAGCAAUAUUACCGCCAAUCACAGCCUUCCACAGCCAGGGAGGCAGAGUUGUUGAGUGAAACUAGUUUCCCUGACUGAUCAGCCCCCGCCUUUUUAUCGAGGACUGUCCAACCACUGUCUCUCCCCCCCCCCCGUCCCAGGUUAUCUCUUAGACCCUAGAGUUUGGACCUGUUGUAGUAAAAUAUCUGUUUUCUUUUACAUCUGCACCUUAUCAGUUUAAAUUGGAACCAAGAUGCGUUGUCUUCGCCCAUUUUUUCCCUACCUUCUGAGCUUUUUCUGUAAAUAUGGACUCUUAAAGGAUUUGUGAUCAGACCUUCUAUUUAAGAAAUAAGGAGUCCUCCUCCAUUUCAGCCUGUCAACCCUCCGCUCCACCUCCCACACCCUCCUCUGUCCCAUUACUGGCCGAAAGUUAACAAAGCUUUGAAAACCCUUUGUGGUUUUAUUGCGCUGAUUUAUGAUUUCACUUAUAUCCUAUGACCUCUGGGUGUUUUUGUAAAUGUGUCUUUUGGGUUUACUUUGUGCGCUGUGACUGAACUUUGACUGUGUCUUUUUUUUUCCUUUUGAAUUUCAGACCAAAUGUUAAAAGUACCCCACCAGAGAAAAGGGAGCAGUACUUGUAGUUUGGGAGAGUCUUCUGGCCUUACCAUGGUUUAGAUUCUGUCACCAGACAAAACUCUCUCACUGAGGAACUCAAAACAAACAGACACCAUUAAAGAAAGAAUUUAUGAACAGCAACCUUUCAAGCAUAUUGCAGCAACAUAAAUUAGAGUCUUUGUUGAAGUAAAAUGAAUGGGUUUCGAAGGUUUAAUGAAGAAGUUGCUUCAGAAGGAUUGAGAAAGAUGACAUCCAUGUCUUGUCUGUUUUGUUGACUUUGGGAGAGACAUUCAGGGUAUGUUUUAUGUAACAUGUUAAAAUGCCCGGGUGUAUAUACCACCUAUUUCAUCCUUUUUUUCUUCUUUUUUAUUACAUAUAUAAUGUUUUACUACAGUGCCUUAUAACACGUGUUUGUGCACAUGCAUGUUUUUGACUUCAUGGAUUCUUUAUAGUGUCCCAUUCCAUCGGAGGGAUGUAUGUCCAUAAAUGUAGUUCCUCUGCCAGCAGUUUUGUGUGCCUUUUUUUUCUAUUGUUGGAUUUCUGAAAAUGAAUGUGAAGCUACUCUACAGUACCACUUGUAAAAACAACAUAGACAUACAUACGAUAGAUCUUCAGCAUUGUGCCUUAUGCCACUGUCUGUAAUAAACUGCGUGCCUGUUUCCAAGUAGCCUGGAUUGAGGAUAUACCCAGUACAUUCAACAUUUUGUUUCAAGUGCCAAUAUGAUUUUGUGUGAAUGACAGAGUCAUUGUGUUAUUGACUUUAAAGGAUGUACUGUGCUGUGUGUUGUCUCCUGUAGCCUACUAAGGAACACCAGUUUUUGAGUGUUCAAAUGCCCCUCUGAUGCCUGCAUUUAUUUACCAUGCCAUUCCUUUCUCUAAUAUUUACCUCCUCAAUGUUGUGUACCAUCUCAUUUACAGUAUACCCCUGUCUGUUUCUUUUAGAAUAAAGUAAACAGAGACAUAAAAAUGGA